CCAAUUGAUGCUUUUUAAAUUAUUUGAUUUGGUCAGCAAAAACGGUCUAAGUUCUCUCUUUCCUCUCGCCUUCGUUGAUCCUUUUUAGUUCCCUUCUUCUCAUCGACCUUGAGAUAUCUCAGAACUCAUCGCAAAUCAGACAUUUCUCAGAAAGACAGAAAAAGAAGAAUGGAAGUGAUGAGGUUAACUGCUCCAUCUUCACAAAGAAAAUUCACUGGUGGCUUCUUAAGUGCACCAACAAGUCCACGAAGAAUAACAGAGUGGUACAGAGAGUACGAGGAGGAGGCAAAAAGAAACUUCUCCGAACGUUCUUUGAUGCCUUUCGAUUGGGAAGAGAAUCCAUGCAGUCCGAGAAAGAUCACUGACAAUGAAGAAGAAGAUACUGUUGAUGAUUUUGCCUUCGAGAUCGGUGAUAAAUCUGAGAGUAGGUCGCUUUUCGCAGAAGAGCUCUUUGAUGGAGGCAAAAUCAAACCCUUGAAGCCUCCUCCGUAUUUGCAAUUAGAUAAUCAACAGUUUCAUUACAAAUUCUCAUCUCCAGAUUCUUCUCCAAGAUCACCUAUUGCUCAUGGCAAGGACAUCCUCCGCAAAGCUUUUCCGCCAAGAAAGAAACCUACAGAUGUAGAUCCUUUCGAGGUCGCCAUAGAUAACAUUCGCAAAGGCGUUGGAGAGGAAAGAGGGAGAGAGAGGCUUCAGAAUCCGGGCCGAAGAGCCACUCGAUCACUUUCUCCUUUUCGGGUUUCAGCUUAUCCAUGGGAAGAACAAGAACAGAGAGAGGUAAAAGGUCAUGAACAGAGAAAGACCUCUUUCUCUUCUAUACCAUCUACAUCUUCAUCAACUUGCGUGUCUUGCAAGUUAUCUUCCUCAAAGAAAUGGAGGCUAAAGGACUUGCUUCUUUUCCGUAGCGCAUCAGAGGGAAGAGCAAGGCACAACAACAAAGAUUUCAUGAAGUCGUUAUCGGGUUUGUUCAGGAAACAAGAAGACAGCAAGAGCUCGAGCUCUAGAGGAAGAGGAUCACCGUCUAUCUCCUCCGCCCAUGAAUUCCAUUACAUGGCUAAAAAGGCAGAAGCAAAAGGUUUGAAGAAAAAGACUUUCUUGCCUUAUAUGCAAAUAGGAAGAUUCGCCUUGUAAACUAUAAUCUUAUUAUUGGUUAAUUCUUUGAAGCGCAAACCCAAAAUGAUUAUAUUGUUUGCUUAAUUACAUGAUCUAAAGAACUGACUCAUUUCUACUCUCUUGCCUGGUUGAUGCGUUUAGGAAGCAAGUAAAAUGAACAAUAAUCAUUUGAGAUUA